ACACAUACUAAAAAUAUCUUCCCUCUCAUGUACUUUUGCCUCUUGUUUGUUUGCUUUCUUCUAUUUCUUAAUUUCUUGAAUAUUCUCUUUGUUUUGUCCAAGCUAUAGCAAAGAACCACAAUGCAUUAUCACACUCAUCAAUACCCUCUUCCUUGUUUGUAUUGUCACCCACAUAGUUAUAUUAUGAUGGUUCAAAAUCUUAUAGAGAGAUGUUUGAUCUUUCACAUGAGUCAAGAUCAAUGCAUAAAGGCAUUAGCAGAACAUGCAGGGAUUAAACCACUUGUUACUAUUACAGUGUGGAGAGAGUUGCAAAAGGAGAAUGAGGAGUUCUUUAGAUCAUAUUUGCAACUUAUCUUUCCAAGGCAAUUCAUGAGUAGUAAUUUUCAAAGAGGGCCAGGAUUAUCAAGAAGGAAACAUUGGAAAUGAUCAAUUGAUUAGCUGGACGAGCUCUGUCACACUAUUAGUAAUUAAUGAUGGAUCAAGGGUUAAUUAUUGCUAGGUUAAAUAUUAAUUAAUGUUGAUUAAUUAUAAGAAGUUAAUGGUUGUAGAUUUGUAAUGUUUGAUAUGUUGUUAUAACUUUUGCCCAAUUAAGUGUAAGUCCUCAAAUGCAACAAAACUGAUUGAAGUCUUUUAUAUUUAGUUUUGUAAUUUUUAAAUUUGAGGUUUAUUAUUGCUUUGCCAACAAAAAAAAAAAGUAAGUUUGAUUGUAAAUGAAGCAGUCAUUGGAAUCAUUCCAACAUUUGUAUAAACUUGAUAGCAUGAAUGAUAGAAGCUUGCUUUAUGGUGCAA